AUGGCCGACACCGACGCCACCACCGAAGCCGCCGCGCUCGCCCGCGAAAAAGCCGAACAAGCCUCCCUCCCCUACACCUGGACCCAAACCCUCCCCGACCUAACCCUCACCUUCCCCAUCCCCGCCUCCCUCAAGGCCCGCGACCUCUCCAUCUCCCUCACCAAAACCACCAUUUCCGCCGGCAUAAAAGGUCAAACCCCCAUCGUCUCGGGUCAAUUCCCCCACCCCAUCCACGUCGACGACUCCACCUGGACAAUCACAACAUCCCCAGACAACAGCUCCAAAACAGUCGAGAUCCUCCUCGACAAGGUUAACAAGCAAGAGUGGUGGGCUCACGUUGUCACCACCGCCCCCAAGAUCGACGUCACAAAGAUUGUUCCCGAUAACUCCAAACUCUCAGACCUGGACGGGGAGACGAGGGGUCUGGUGGAGAAAAUGAUGUAUGACCAGCGGCAGAAAGAACAAGGGCUGCCGACGAGUGACGAGCAAAAGAAGAUGGAGAUUCUCAAAAAGUUUCAGGAGCAGCAUCCUGAGAUGGAUUUUAGUAAUGCCAAGAUUCAAUAA